AUGUCUCAAUCUACCCUUCAACACCAGACUCCCGUUGUGGGUACAGGUCUGCGUAACGGGGAAGGGGCACACGCCAGUGUUGCUGCUGAUCCAGUCAAGGGCCCUCUAGCCUGGGAGCCUGCCGCCCUCUCUCAGGAGGGAGGACAGGAUUCCUAUGUCCUCUCCCUCGAUCCGUCGGAGGCGCUCGAGAUCGGAAACGCGCUCCAGUCUCUCAAAGGCCUUGGCGUCGGGUUGGACAAGAUUAGUCCACAGAACUUCCAGUUGGCAGAGUCCCUUCGUCAACGCCUCGACUCUGUCUCCGCUGCCCUGCACGAUGGGCCCGGUCUUGCCCUGAUUCGCGGGAUGGACACGUCGCAACUGUCGGCCGAGGACAACCUGUCGGCCUAUCUCGGCGUCGCCAGCUACAUCGGGGACCAGCUCGGGCUCCAGGACAAGGAAGGAAAGGUCGUCAGCUGGUCUGUCCAUGCUAACGGCGUUAAAGUGCACGUAACCGACGCCAAACAGUGGGCCAGCCCGUACGAGAAGCGCCACGAUCUGCACACAAACGGCAGUCUUCCCUUCCACACGGACAUGGGCUGCGACAUCCUCUCCCUCCAGGUCCGACACUGCGCCAAAGAGGGUGGCUAUACUCGCGUAGCCUCGUCCGCGACCAUCUACAAUGACCUCCUCGAGAACAACCCCGAAGUCCUGAAGACUCUCUGCGAGUCCCAGUGGCCGAUCCAGGUCUCCGGCCGCGAACAGCGCUACAUCCUCUGCCCCCUCGUCGAGCGCAACGGCGACAAGAUCAUGAUGUCCCUCGACCCGGGCCGCCUGGGCCUGCACCCCAACACCGCGCGCCCGCACCCGGCCGACCGCCACCCGGGCGGCGUCCCGCCCCUGACCGAGGCCCAGCUCGCCGCCCUGGCCGCGCUCUCGCAGACCGCGGAGCGCCACAGCCUGCGCGUGCGCGCGCAGCCGGGCGACGUCCUGCUGCUCAACAACUGGGCGCUGCUGCACGCGCGCGACAGCUACACCGACAACAACGGCGCCGGGGAGGAGCGGCGCCACCUCGUGCGCCUCUGGCUGCGCAGCUCGGCCCGCGGCUGGGAUGUGCCGGACUCGAUGCGCGUGCCCUGGCAGGCGGCGUACGAGUACGACGCCGCUGGCGUGGACGUCAAGAAGCAGUACGCCGUCGAGCCAGAGAAGGUGUACAAGGAGCCCAAGUACACUACCGGGUCGGCUUCGUUUGUCCUCGAGGACGACACCGAUGAGGAGUGA